AUGAAAUUCACUCUUAUAGCUUCUAUCGCUUUAGCUGGUUUGGUCAGUGCUCAAACUAUCCCAACCUGUGUCAUCACUUGUUCAACUCAAGCUGCCACUGCUGCUGGUUGUACUUCUUACACCGACGUAUCAUGUGUUUGUACCAACUCUGCUUUCCAAAACUCCGCUACAGCAUGUUUACUUGCCAACUGUACCACUGCCGAUCAAACUGCUGCCCUCUCACUUCAAUCAGCUUUAUGUGCCGGGCAAUCCCUUACUAGUGGAUCAGUGACUCAAACCGUCUCAGCAUCUGGUACUUCAUCUGUUGACGCUUCUGCCAUCGCAUCACUCACCGCUUCUGGAGCCUCAGGUUCAGCCGCCGCUUCUUCUUUAGUCGCCAGUGGAUCCGCAGCCGUCUCAUCUGCUUCAGCCGCUUCAGCUUCAGCUUCGGCUUCUGUAUCUGGAAGCGCCAGUGCCGCCAGUGGCAGUGGUAGUGCAGCAUCUGGAACAGGAGCUUUAGCUAGUGCAACUUCUGCAGCUGCUUCAGCUACUUCAAAAGCCGCUUCCGCAGCCAACAAACUUGAUUUCGGUCUUAAAGGUGUAUUGGGUGGUUUAGUAGGUACCGUAGGUCUCAUUGCAGGUGCUCUUGUAGUACUUUAA